AUGGCAUCAUCAUCUACUGCUAAUAUUACUAUUGACAAGAAAAGAGUUGCCGCAAGUCUCUAUGGAAUGUUGGUGGGAGACGCCGUCGCCAUGCCAGCACAUUGGUUCUAUUCUCCCACCAAGCUACGGGCGGAUUAUGGAGAGGUUGCCGAAAUGAUGGCUCCCAAAUCGACGCAUGCGGAAUCGAUGGUCCAAGGAAUGAGUUAUUCUGGAACCAUUGACAUUAUGCACGACAAGGCUCGAUUCUAUACGGGGAAUUCCUUGGCCACAGAAGCCCAAAAAUUGACCAAGGAAGAAAUUGAAGCCCGACGAGACGAACAUGGCAACUACAUUGGGGUGACGGAAGACUCACGGGUACAUUAUCACGCGACGCUCCAAAAGGGACAAAAUACGGUCAAUUCGUGCAUUGCUCGAUUGGCCAUGCGAUAUCUUGCCGAAACGAAUGCUCCUGCUGGUCGAGAUGGAUACGAUCCCGACGAAUUCUUGCAACGCUUUGUGGAAUACAUGAAGACCAAACCGGAUCCCAAAAAUGACCCUGAUCAAUUGUUAAAUCACAACGAUGUGUACAUGGAUAUAUAUGUGAGACACUUUUUUGAAAUGGCAUCCCAAGGAAAGCCAUUGCGAGACUGUCCCAAAAAUCAACGUGAUCAAUGGAGCAUUGGUUCUUUGGACGGAGUGGUCAUGAGCAUUCCCACCAUGGCUGCCUACGCCAAUGAACCGGAAGCCUUGCUCAUUGGUCGGGCAGUCGAACAUCACAUGCUCACCCACCGUUCCAUUACCGUCACGGCGACCGUGUCCGUAUUGGCUCCCUUAUUGUUGGAAUUAUGGAAAGGAGCACCCUUGAAGGAAUCGCUCGAUCGAGCCAUGGACAAACUGCGGCCACCCAAAAUUACCGGCCGGGAACUGCGUGAUUCCUAUGUAGGAAAGGGAGGUCCUGGUCGGAUUCCAAAGGAUAAAAAGUGGCUCCAACACAUGGAAUUGCUGCCGCCCGGUACGACGACCAAAGACUUGGUCCAUGAGUUGAUUGCGACAGUAGAGGAUGACGAAGAUGUUGCUGGAUGUGGCGACCGUGAGAAUUCCCGACUGUCCACCAUGUGUUAUUGCGAACAAGCCUUUACGGUGGUACUCUAUUUAGCUUACAAAUAUGGCACCGAUGACCCUCGCAAGGCGCUCUUGCAAAAUGUCAUGAUUGGUGGUCACAGUACGGCUCGAGGGGCAGUGUUAGGGGCCAUUUUGGGGGCUGCCUACGGAGUCGAGGGCCUACCCUUUGUGGACGACUUGUGCGCCAAAAAAGCGAUUGAUAAGGAAGUGAGUGAUCUGAUUGCUACGUUGUAA